AUGGUAUUCUCAACUACGGAUCUGCUCAACAUGUUCAUGAAAAGGGUUCAGCUCACCACCCCAUUGGCGAUUGCGGUUAUAGCUCGGUUCAAUAUGAAAAAGAAGUCUCAUUACUGGAGUCGUAGGCCGUGUCAGUCGAGAAGAAAAUCCACCCGACUUCGCGAUACAUGUUUGGAUACCGACAAAGAGAAUGCUGAAUUACCUAUUGACCACACUCCAGUGGUCACCUCCGACAGCACUUUGCCUCAAUUUCCUUCUAUUGGGCAUGUUCAAAAGAAUGAAAGAAGUGCUUCUGUCGAAAUAAUCAACAUUAUCAACCGUGACGAAGUGGAUAAGUGUAGUAUUCGUUUCACCCUGCACGGCUUGGGUAUUCUAACACCUGAUGAACUUAUCUCAAUGGGUUUGGAGAAGACCCAUGCCUAUUGCAUUUAUUCUACAUUGAAGGCUAGAAGGGAGAGUGCAAACCGAGAACCGAGCAAACAAAUCGAAACUUCUGGAGAGUUGAAUAUCUAUGUCGCAGAAUUGACUCAUUUCGGUGGAGACCUCGUCUACAAAAUGAUUCAUCUCCCAAGGAAAACGAAG